UCCAGUGCCAGAUCAGAAUAAUGCAACGCAGACAUCAAAUUUAAGAUGACGAGUCUGGCAUGGAGCAGCUUUUCCUCUAAUCCUCAGCAUUUCAGUAUAUUCUGUAAUUAUUCUUGAAUGACAUUGUCAACUACCUCAAACUAAAGAAAUGGCCACUGCUAGACAUCCGUCUUCAUGCUUCGUUCUGGGGAUUCUCCUUCUUGUUGUUUAUUUCAAUCUUUCACUUCCUUACGUGCUGAAAAAAUGCACAAUACGUUACCAGGAGAAUCCCUCUGCUCAUAUGGCUUUGGACUGUGCAAACAGGAAAAUCGAAAAAAUCCCCAAAGACAUCCCCACAGAUGCAGUUUCACUGAACCUGAACAACAACUGGAUGCAGAAAAUUAAUGAAGGAGAUUUUUCUGGCAUGUCAAAGUUGAGAACUCUGGAUUUAACAUCAAAUCAAAUUGCUCAUGUUGAUCAAGGGUCUUUUAUUGAUCUGAUGUUUCUACAAACUCUCUGCAUGGGAAAUAACAAACUUAAUGUCCUGACAAGCAACAUGUUUCAGGGUCUGCACAACCUUACUGUUCUUUUACUCAACAACAACGGUAUUCAGGUCAUUCAUACAAGAGCUUUCCAGUUCCUCACUAGCUUACAAACUCUAGAUUUAGGAAACAACAGGCUUCGACAGAUCACCGACAUUCAGCCUGUCCUACAGUUACCUCAAAUCACGAUGCUUGGACUUAAAUGCAAUGGGUUUUCUUCCUUUGAGACCAAAGACCUGCUGCUGAAUCAGACGUCAAAUCUUAAAGAGUUGGAUAUUUCCGGUGAUUCCCUGACAAUUUUCAGCAUCUCUACACCCGUCUUUCCUUACCUCCAGAAAAUAGAGAUCUCCAUGUGUUUUUGUUAUAAAGACCUGCAAUGGGAAAUCCCUGACAAAGAGUUACUGAGGAACAUAUCGUUUUUAUAUCUCGGGAGGUCUAUUCUUUCUUUCGAAGGGAUCACAAAAGUCCUGGAGAGUCUUGACUCUUUAAGCCAUCUAAGUCUAGAAGCCCUGAAGAUGCAUCUUUACGAAGGAUUAUUAUCUACAAUUUGCAAAAUACCAACACUGAGGAGGCUGGAUUUGUUUAACAGUCAUAUCAACAAUUUGCCUAUUAAACUUGAAGUCUGUUCUCAACUCACAGAGCUUGACAUGAGAAAAAGUGAUGUAGACGAACUGCCUGAAGGGUCACUGGGGUCAAUGAAGCAUCUCAGAUCACUAAACGUUUGUGACAAUCAGCUAACCCAAGUUCCACAUGAUGCGAGAAGUUUCAGCUCCCUUGAGAUCUUUAAUCUGAAUUACAAUUACAUAUUAGAGUUGACCUGUGAGGACUUUGUGAACACAACACAACUGAGAGAGCUUUACCUGAAGAGAAAUCGCAUUAGCCAAGUGGAUUACUGUGUUUUUCUAAACCUUGAAAACCUAAAGCUUUUGGAUCUGAGUUCUAAUCAACUGAUGACAUUUGAAAACAACAUUUUUUUGCCAAAGCUUGAAAUUUUAAACAUAAACCACAAUGAAAUAGCUUUCCUAAAGAUGCUUGAUUUUCUUGGUUUCCAAUCCCUGAAACAGUUGGAUCUAGGAACAGUUUUCUUUGAUGGGAUGACACAAAGAUCAUUUCAUAAAGUCAAUAAACUGGACAAUAUUAUUUCAUCUCGAGACAAAAUAUGGAAAUUAAAACUCUUGGAAAAUCUAACAGUAGAAUUGAACCCUCAAAACCAAAAUCUUCAAACAAACUAUUCUAGAGAUAUCAUGGUCUUUAAAUCAAUGAAAAGAUACACAGUAAUCUGCAACAUUUUUUGCUUUCCAUAUCAAUUAGCAGAUAUACUCUCGUCUAUGAGAUAUUUGGAGAAUUUUACAGCUGUCAAAAUCUUUAUUGGAGCUCCUCCUUUAGGCAUGUUUUGGUCCAAUCCCUAUCUCAAGAGUGUGACUUUCACAGAGACUGAUUUUUCAGACGUGGGUCCAGAACUCUUCCUUCUGAUCCCAAACCUGCACAGUCUUGAGCUUUCCAAAUGCAACAUCAGCUCUUUGGAUUUUCUGGUGAAGGCCAACCUUUCAGCACUCAGAUACCUGAAACUGACCGACAAUGAACUUGAUAUGAUUAAUGACACUGUGUUCAAGUCUUUCCCCUCUCUAACGUACUUGGACCUGGACAACAACCCCUUCACCUGUAACUGCUCAAAUGCAGGCUUUAUCCAAUGGGUGAAGGACAACAAGAAGACACAGGUGGUAAAUGCUCAUCAAUAUAAAUGUUCCACACCUGUGGAUAAACGAGAAAGUUUGUUACUGGAAUUUGACGUUCAUUUGUGCUGGGAUGAUGGCAGAUUUUUCUACUUCAUUUCCAGCUCUUGUCUGGUUGUUCUGACUCUUCUCACAUCGUUCAUCUAUAACUUCCUGUGGUGGCAUCUCACCUACACCUUCCACCUCUUCCUAGCCUAUUUCUAUGACAAUCAGAGAAGGAGAAAGGAAGUCCUUCAUCGGUUUGACGCCUUUGUGUCCUACAACGUCCAUGAUGAGGGCUGGGUUUACAGGGAAAUGCUCCCAGUGUUGGAGGGACAGCAGGGCUGGAGACUCUGUCUGCACCACAGAGACUUCCAACCAGGUAAACCCAUCAUAGAGAACAUCACUGAUGCCAUAUAUGGCAGCAGGAAAACCAUCUGUGUCAUCAGCCGCAGCUACCUGCAGAGCGAGUGGUGCUCCAGAGAGAUACAGAUGGCCAGCUUUCGCCUGUUUGAUGAGAAGAAGGAUGUGUUGGUCCUGUUGUUUUUAGAAAACAUUCCUUCUCGUCAUCUGUCUCCAUUUUACCGCAUGAGGAAGCUGGUGAAGAAACGCACCUACCUGAGCUGGCCUCAGGCUGCACAACAUCCAGAAGUUUUCUGGCAGAACGUCCAGAGAGCUCUGCAGACAGGGGGCGCUCUCACUGAAAACGUGGACCCGCUGACCUGAGAAAAUGUAAAGAGUUGUGAGAUCACAGUUGAAAUUAACCAUUCAUUAACUCUAUUUCAAGGUGUUAAAGGGGCAAUGCGAUGCAAAAUGAAUUUUUCGUGCUUCACACCAUUUUAUGUAAUCAAAAACAAACCUGGAGUUUUGUCUUGAUUCUUUUAUGCAUGCGUAAGAAAUCCUUUAA